AAGUAGGAUUGCAGUUUGAUAUAACUGAACAAUCUAAUAUUACUGAGAAACUUGAACAACAAUCUAACAUAAAUGAUCAAUAUGAACAGUUUGACCUUGUUAAACUAGCCAAGCAAUCAAAUUCAUUCAAUAUUUUUAGUACCUUUGUUGAAGAUUCU